AUGACCAGUUUACUAUUUGUGUUCAGAUAUUUCAUCAACACUGAUAGCUAUGAAGAAGGUGGUCCGAUAUUUUUCUACACCGGCAAUGAGGGUAAAUUAGAAGGAUUUGCGCAGAAUACGGGCUUCAUGUGGGAUAUAGCUCCCGAGUUCAAAGCUGCAGUGGUAUUUGCCGAACAUCGUUUUUAUGGGAAAACACAACCGUAUGGUGAAAAGAGUUACAAUACAACGGAACAUCUCGGAUAUCUAAGUUCAGAACAAGCUUUGGCAGAUUUUGUGCUACUAGUUGAUUAUCUAAAGCAACAGAGGCUAAAAGGUGCGGAAAACUCGGCAGUGAUAGCAUUUGGAGGAUCGUAUGGUGGCAUGUUAUCGGCAUGGAUUCGAACUAAGUAUCCACAUAAGGUUGAUGGGUAUGUAGAUAAACUAAAUGAAGGUCGGAAUUACCUCAAUGAAAUCUUUCAUUUGGAAGAGAAAUCUCGCCUUGAAACUCAAGACGAUCAUAGAUUUCUUGCUGCUUUCAUAAGGGAAGUCUUUGAAAGCAUGGCAAUGGUAAAUUAUCCUUAUCCAACGGAAUUCUUAUCACCGCUGCCAGGCUGGCCAGUUAAGGAAGCCUGCAAAUUUUUGGUGACAGUUCCAAAAUCAGAUAAGGAAGCUGCCAGACAGCUGUAUGAGGUUACAAACCUUUACUACAAUCAUACUGGCACAACUGAGUCCUUCUGCGCUAAUGCCGAACGAUGCGCUGGUGCAUUCGCUGCACUCGGUGAUCCAAUGGGUUGGCCUUGG